AUGUCGAAUGACGACGAUACCCGCCCUGACGUCGAUGACGUGGCAGAGUUUGCACGGUGGCUUGUCAACAAGGGCAAGUGGAGCGUGAUAGGCACCAACACUUCGACGUCCACCCCCUUCACGUAUCCGGUCUCCUACACCGACGACGAUACAGGCUCCCGGCUCUUCUACCUCUCCACAUUGGACCCCGUGGAGAGGGAAGUGACGGUGGACGUCCGCGCGAGCUUCACGGUCUCGGAGGCAUACAUCAACGGUUGCGAGGGCGCCGACACUCAGUCCCCGACUUGCUCCAAGAUUACCCUAUCCGGCGAGCUCCGCAACCUCCCUGCCGGCUCCAAGGACGAAGCCCGGGCCAGGAAGGCUUUGUUCAAGGCCUACCCGGCCUUCAACGCCUUCCCUCGCAUGAACCAAACUUUUUCGGUCUACAGGCUCGAGAUCGAGGCUAUUUUCCUCGUGAGCAAGUCGGCACCUCCCCGCGACCUCACCGUGGAGGCUUACCUCGAUGCUGAGUAG